AUGCUUCACAAUUCAUACUUACCAACAUCAGUUGAUAAACUGACGUUAAAACACAGAAUCACAGGAAAGGAUAUUGAAUAUCAUUUGAUAGAAUUAGAAAGCUUGCUAUGUUUUAACUAUGUUUACGUUGUGGAAAGGCAGCCAAUUGGUAAGUUACUUUUCGAGCAAUUCUGCAGUACAGAUGCACGCAAGUCAGUGGCAUGGAAAUUCUUGUGUAAAAUUGAAGAAUACGAGACAUCUGAUGACGACGGAGAAAGUCGCCGAUCACUUGCCAAAUUGAUUGCGUCUCUCCUAUCGUCUGAUAAUGAUGCGCCCUGUUCAUCUCACGAUUCACUAUGGUGUAGUUUUCUACCAGACGAGCUUAUACAAAAAUUUACUUCUACUGCCAAUGAUGCAUCACAUGAAUCUGAACCAUCCAGUGACAUAUUUUUCGAAGCUUAUAAGUAA